GCAUUGGCAAAAGCUUUACCAUCUCGUGCAUCGCCGUGACUAACAAUGGCUUGUAAGCUCAAAUGGUUGUUAGUAGUAAUCUUGACAUGCAUAGAUUGUUAGCCGCAUGCAUACAGGAGCGUGGAUCACGGUCAGUUAGCCGGGCCAUAUUCAGUUGGUUGGCUGGCUUGAUGUGUUCAGGUUGUUAGCUAGCUUUGUGCAUGAAAUUGUGAGUGGACUCGGUCAUUAGAGGAUAACCACCAUGAUGGAGUAGUGGCCGGUGUGUUGGCCGGAUCGUGCAUGCAUGGAUGCAUGCAAGUUAGUUGGAUUAGUAGGAGUUAGAGAGUUGUGAGAUGCAACUAGAGGGAGGAAGACGACGCGGCGCUGCGAGGAGGCGGCGCCAAAAAUUGGUAUUCAGAGCCACAAGGUUCGAGGGGCGGCCGUGGCGCGCGGUGGCGUCCGCGGCGAGUACGGUGUGCGCGGCCGACAUGGAGGCAUCGGCUGCGACGCGCGGCGAGCGCGUGGCGACGGCAACGCGCGGCGAGUCCAUGGCUGUGCGGUGUGAUGUUGUGCGCGCGAAGGGCACGGCAGUCGUGGAGACGAGGAGGUCGCGAAGGACCUGCGUGGUGGCGCAGAGGUCGCGACGGCUCGGCGCGACAACCGUGGAGGCGCGUGGCACGGAGACGCGGCGUGGCGGCGCACGGGACUGCGGGCUGCUGCAGCGCCAGCGAGUGGCGGCUUGUGCCGGAGACGCAGCGGAGGCGUACAUGGCGACGACGAGGAGCCAGGGCCCCUGUCGGCAGGCCGUGCGGCGAGGCCACGGCUUAGGGGGUGAGUGUUGGCCAGAAUAAGCCGCGGCGCCAGUGUCGGACACGUUGGGCGCGUGUAUAGGCGCGUGCCGGGCGUGUCAGGCGCGGCGGGACCGCGGUGUAGGCGUGUGUGGUCGGGCUCGUCGGGCGCGACGGAUUCGCGCGGGACGUGCGGGACGCACGGGUGCAGUCGGGCUCGUCGGGCGCGUCGGGUACGUGCGGGACGCACUGGUGCGGUCGGGCUCGUCGGGUACGCCGGGUGCGCGCGGAACGCGCGGGGCGUAGAGGGACGUCAGGCGUGUGUUGCCGGCGGAGGAGGAGCUCGGCGUAUGUCGCCGGAGACGUGAUGGGGCACGAUGGGACCGGCGUCAGUGCGUCAGGUCAGGUCCGUGGCGGUGAGACCGGCGUCGUUGCGCCAGGUCGAGUCCGCGGGUUGGGUCACGGUCGUGGCGACGACGACGACGGGAGCUGCGACAACUCCGGCGAAGGCAAGUCAAGAUUAGAAGGGAAAAUGUUAGUAGUAAUCUUGAUAUGCAUAGAUUGUUAGCCGCAUGCAUACAGGAGCGUGGAUCACGGUCAGUUAGCCGGGCCAUAUUCAAUUGGUUGGCUGACUUGAUGUGUUCAGGUUGUUGGCUAGCUUUGUGCAUGAAAUUGUGAGUGGACUCGGUCAUUAGAGGAUAACCACCACGAUGGAGUAGUGGCCGGUGUGUUGGCCGGAUCGUGCGUGCAUGGAUGCAUGCAAGUUAGUUGGAUUAGUAGGAGUUAGCAGCCGAGUGUGGCGGCUGGCCAGUGCGUGUGUGAGUCUUUUGUACUGGUAUUUAAAGUGAUCAGGUGAAUGAGAAAGAGCGGCCGUGUGGGCUGAGAAAACAAUGUAGUGCUUGUGGGUGCCAAGGGAGAGUCUCGGCAAAGCCUGUGUGUUCUUUUUUGGUGUAUAUGCGUGCGUGUGUGUAAAGUUCAUUACCAUGUGUGUGUUUGUGAGAGAAGAGAAGAGAGAAACCUCAGCAGAGUUGUGAGAUCUAACUAGAGGGAGGAAGACGACGCGGCGCCAAAAAUGGUCUCCUCUCCUCCCCAUUCUCCUACUCGCCGGCAUGGUUGGCAUCUCCCAAGCCGGCAACAUCGCCGUCUACUGGGGCCAGAACGGUAACGAGGGCACGCUCGUCGACGCCUGCAACUCCGGCCUCUACGCAUACGUCAUGGUCUCCUUCCUCAGCACCUUCGGCAAUGGCCAGACCCCCGCACUCAACCUCGCCGGACACUGCGAUCCGCUCUCCGGCAACUGCAACGUCUUCAGCUCCGACAUCACGACGUGCCAGUCCAACGGCGUUAAGGUGCUCCUCUCUCUCGGCGGCGGCGCCGGCAGCUACGGCCUCUCCUCCACCGAGGACGCGCAGAGCGUCGCCACCUACCUGUGGGACAACUUCCUCGGCGGCAGCGCGUCGUCCCGCCCGCUCGGCGACGCCGCCCUGGACGGCAUCGACUUCGACAUCGAGACGGGCAACUCGGCGCACUACGACGAGCUGGCCACGUUCCUGUCCCAGUACAGCGCGCAGGGCAGGAAGGUGUACCUGACGGCGGCGCCGCAGUGCCCGUACCCGGACGCGUCACUGGCGCCGGCGCUGCAGACGGGGCUGUUCGACAACGUGUGGGUGCAGUUCUACAACAACCCGCCGUGCCAGUACGCGAGCGGGGACGCGAGCAACCUGCAGAGCGCGUGGAACACGUGGACGAGCAGCGUGAAGGUGUCCGGGGGCUUCUACCUCGGCGUGCCGGCCUCGACGGCCGCGGCCGGGAGCGGGUACGUGCCGCCUGGCGACCUCACGUCGGCGGUGCUCCCCGGCGUGAAGAGCGCCAGCAACUACGGUGGGAUCAUGGUGUGGGACCGCUACAACGACGUGCAGAACAGCUACAGCAGCCAGGUGAAGGAUAGCGUCUGAGUCUUCGCGCGCGCGCGCGGGAAGUGCGAUCAUACCACUACACAAUAAAUCACAUAUAGGAGUAUAUAAUACUUCUACAUAUUACAUGCCCAUGGAGUGGCUAAGUUGAUUUGGGACUGGAUAAUAAGAGCGGGCGAGCUGGGGUCGUAGUAGAAAUGAUAUGGAUGCGGUGUACACUUGCAACACAUGCCCUGAGAUAAAUAAAGUAAUCCCAAAAUCUAAAAAGUGGCCGCGCACUUUUUCAUCGUCCCGAGCGGCCGCGCUAAGCGACAAGAAGCACACCGCGCUAGAAAAUUCCCCUUCGCUGUCUUCCAUCUCCCUCGCCUGGCUCUGCUACUCUCCACAGGCCCCCAACGCCGACCACGCCGCCGCCAAGGCCGCCUUCCACCACCUCCGCGGCUCCCACCCGGAGCCCCGUGUGCUGCGCCUCGCCUCAUCACCCGCGACGCCAACUACCCCCCUCCUCCCCCGCGAGCUCCGCGCCAUGGCCGUUGUCCUCCUCCGCAAGAUCCUCUCUCCACGGCUUCCUCUGACUCGUCCACCUCCGAGCUCCGCGUCAUGGCCGCUGUCCUCCUCCGCAAGCUCCUCUCCCCUGACGACCUCUUCCAACUCUGGCCCCUCCUCUCCCCCGACGGCCAGGCCGCACUCAAGUCAAACCUCGUCAACGCAUCCGGCAGUGCCGCAGCAACCUUGACGGAGCUCGCUGCUGCUGCUCACUCUUAUCUCCACCGGGCUGGAGUGUAGGAGGUUGCCGCCACCGGGCUGGAUCCAUCUCUUGUUUUUUAUUGAAUCAAAACACACAUCCAGAUUCAUCCCUGGCUUGCUUGCAGGAGAACCACACUCGCUAGAAGGCCGUUGAUUUGGAUGAAAUUGGGUGUCCUACAUUCUGCUACUUUUGUGCUAUGCUUGUUGCCUGUGUAUGCUUCAGACCAAAAAUGGUCGUAGAAGGAGAUGCGGCUCCUGGUGAAGGAGAGUGAAUAUGGUGAAGUGAAAAUGGUUGUAGAAGGGAGAUAAUGGUGGCAACGGAGGAGAGGCAUUGCGUGAGAGAACCACCACAUAGGAGUCUGCGCAACCGUGGUCUUCUUUCCCCAUCUUUGGCGAACUUUCUCGCUCAACCCCUACCUCAAUCCUUAAUUAUCCAUGUCAUGGAGCACAUCGACCACUAGGCAGUUGUUCAUCGACUGCUAGACAGUUGGUCGGGAUAUAAAAACUUGGAUAUCUCACUCGCGGUGGUACUUAGAGUAGUGAAAAUUCCACAUCCGACUAUUAGGCAAUUGGCAGGUGUAGCAGACGAAGUUGCACAUCAUCUGCUAGAUAGGCGGCCGGGACAGCUGAUGAAGUUGUACAACAACUGCUAAACAGUUGGCCAGGACAGCAGACGAAGUUGCACAUUGCACAGCCAGAGGCUAUUGAGGUGGUGAAAACUGCACAUCCACGGAGUUGGGGGAAUGUUGUACAUUGACCUACUAGAACAUUGGUUGCGGCAGCAGAUGAAGUUGCAUAUCGUCUGGUAGUCAGUUGGCGCAGAUAGCGCAUGAAGUUGCACAUCUCACUAACAUGGAUAAUUAGGGAGGUGAAAAAUGCACAUCCAUGGGGUAGGGAAAAAGUUGCACAUCGACUACUAGGCAGUUGGCCGGGCAGCAGCCGAAGUUGCACAUCAACUACUAGGCAGUUGGCCGGGCAGUAGUCGAAGUUGCACAUUGUCUGCUAGGCAGGUGGAACGGGCAUCGGAUGAAGUUGCACAUCAUUUGUUAGUCAGUUGGCACGAACAACAGAUGUUAUUGCACAUAAUUUGUUAGCCAAUUGGCGCCGACAGCAAAUGAAGUUGCACAUCUCAGGGGUAAUUAGGGUGGUGAAAAAUGCAUGUCCAUGUGGUAGAGAUAAGGUGCAGAUCUACUGCUAGAUAGUUGUCCGAGCGGUAAAUGAAGUUGCAUAUCAUCUGCUAGACAGGUGGACGGGGCAGCAGGUGAAGUUGCUCAUCACAUGAAGUUGAUUCAUCUAACACUAGAAUUACACCAUGCAGUACUAUAGUUUGGUUGUGGUAGCACCAAAUUUAGUUUUAAAAAAAGUUGCAUCCCAUAGUAUAAAAGUUGCACCAUGUAGUACCAACAGUUGGCUGUGAAAAAAGUUCAUCGAAACCUAUAUAAAUUAGGUCUAGUUUUAAAGAUCUCAUUGCGAGGAUUACAACGGUGAAAACGGAUUUUAAUUUCAAUAUGUGGUUUGAAAGUUAUAGCUUUUUGAAUUUUUUGAAAUGCAAUUAAUUGGCUUUUUGCUUUACUA